ACUUUAAAAACCAACAUCAAAAUGCAGUAUAAAACCAGCUUCAAACACCCCAAUUUUUACCCUCACAAAAUGGCUGCUUCAGCUCCUAUUGCAAUUGGCACUAGGGGUACUGUAGGAUCACUCCUCAAGAAGGAAAUCGAGUACUUCACCAAGUUUGAGCUAGAAGGACGAGGUGGGUCAUGGAAACCCCAUGCCCAUAUGGUGGAUAUGGAUUGCAGAACUGGCCAUUCAAGGCCUGGUUUCUGGUUCUUGAUUACUGGUUGGAAAAGGAAGAAACGAAAAGGCAACACUGGGUUCUUGCCAAGCAUGUGUUCUGCAAUAGAAGUUGCCGAAAAGGAACAGUUUAACAGGAUCCCUGGUUUCAAUUACAGGAUCCUUCAAAAUGAUGUCCACAACUUUCAUGUUUAGUCCAUCUUGUUGGACGGGUCAGCCUUUGGGUUUCUCGCUGUCCUAAGCUGGUUCAAGCCUAGAGCUUCAACAAAUAUUGUUAAUAAUCUGUUAUUUAGUUGAGCUUCUGGAUUUUUAGCUUUUGAAAUUUUAAGAAUUUAAACUUGGUUUUUUAUUAUGUUUCUUGUCUCUUGAUGCUUUUUUAUUACAUCUUUCAUGAAAAUAUUGUUACCUAUCGUGCAAA